AUGCAGUGCUGUGAGCCUGCCAUAAUCGAUGAGAAAGACACAGUGACCAUCCCCGCAGAACCCACGCCAGCAGCCGAGACUGACUUGCCGGGGUCCACCCAAGUGGAGUCGCCCGACGAAACAGCCCCGACAGAUGCCGUGGAGGCAGUCGAUAAAGAGGAGGACGCGCCGGCAGUGCCAGAGGAGGUGGCAGAGCCUGUGAAAGCCAAGCCCACAAAGGCGACACUUGGCAAGCUCUUCUCUCAGGUGGAUGGCGUGGAGGCUCUGGUUUUGGUCGUCGGCUUGCUCUGUGCCAUGUGCCACGGGAUCGCACAGCCGCUCCUCGUCGUCAUCUUCGGUGACCUUAUCGAUGCUCUCGGAGGGAGUGAGGAGGAGGUCCAGCGGGAAACCGAGCGCCUCUGCCUCAUCAUGUGUGCCGUGGGCGGAGGAGCUCUGGUGGCGGCAACACUGCAAGGGGCCUGCUUCAAGAUCUUCUCCGACUCGCAGACCAUGAAGUUCAGAAUAAUGUAUUUCCAAGAUGUGCUGCACCAGGACGUCGGCUGGUUCGACACCAGGGAAGUGUCAGCCUUGUCGGCCGAGAUUCAGGACGACUUGUCCAAGAUCCAAGACGCCUUUUCUGAUAAGUUCGGUAACGGUGUGAUGGCUUCGUCAGCAUUUCUGGGGGGAUUCGCCUGUGCUUUCGGCCUUGGCUGGUUGCUUGCACUCAUCCUCUCGGCCGUGCUUCCCUUCAUGGCCGUGGGCACCUACUUCAUCAGCCAGGCGGUGAAUGAGGUGCAGAUGGAAUCCCAGGGCUGGUACGCCAAAGCAGCCAGCGUGGUGGAGGAGUGCCUCUACGGCAUGCGCACCGUGGUGGCCUUCGGCGGCGAGCAGAAGGAGCUGGCCAAGUUCUCCACGGCCGUCGCCCAGACACGAAAGGGAGGCAUCCGAAACGGGCUCAGGAUUGGAAUGGGCACCGGCUACUCCUGGUUCGUGGAGUACUCCAACUACGCCUUGGCGUUCUUUGCAGGCAUGAACUUCGCCUACAACCGGGAUAUCAACCCCGCCACUGGCCAGGUGUGGCAAACCGGUGACAUCAUGUCGAUCUUCCUCUGCAUCUUCAUCGGCAGCUUCAUGCUGGGCCAAAUCGACCCGAGUAUCAAGGCCAUGCAAGCAGCGCAGAUGGCCGCGGACCGGUUCUUCAAGGUUCAUGACAACAAGCCCGCCAUUCAACGCCGGGACGCCGACGAGAGGAAGGAGAUAGCUAGCAUCGAGACCUUCUCGUUCAACGCAGUCCAGUUCUACUAUCCGGCCCGACCGACGGUGAGAAUCCUUGACGGUGUGUCGCUGACCAUCAACCGGGGGCAGAAGGUGGCCUUCGUGGGUGAGUCGGGCUCAGGCAAGAGCACCGUCAUGGCCCUCUUGGAGCGCUUCUACGACCCCUCCUCCGGGGUGGUCUGCGUGAACGGCUUUGACAUGCGCGACUUCAAGAUCAGUGCCCUCCGAAAGUGCAUUGGCUACGUGGGCCAGGAGCCGGUCCUUUUCUCCCAAUCCAUCCGGGCAAACAUCAUGCAGGGGAACCCUGAUGCCACGAAGGAGCAGUUUCAGCAAGCAUGCGCGGAUGCACAACUGAACUUUGUGGACGGUCUCCCGGAGAAGUACAACACCUUCGUGGGCGCUGGUGGCGGCCAGCUGUCCGGAGGACAAAAGCAGAGGAUUGCACUUGCGAGGGCCUUGCUGAAGGAGGCUUCCUUCCUCUUCUUGGAUGAGGCGACCAGUGCCCUGGACAACACGUCCGAGAAGAUGAUCCAGCAGACGAUUGACAGCAUCAGCAGCCAGACGCGCAGCCUCGGAAUCGUAAGCAUCGCCCACCGUCUGAGCACAAUCCGCAACUCGGACCUGAUCUACGUUCUCAGCAGAGGUCAGGUCGUCGAGCAGGGAACGCACGUCAGCCUCAUGGAGAAGAAAGGCGUCUACUACGCGCUGGUCGCCGCUCAGGAGUCCUCCCAGAAGGCGGAGGAGGCUGAGGAACUGGAGAUUCCCAACCAGCCGACGGUGGCUUUCCUCCGGGCAAACUCCGGCCAAAGCGACGAGUCAGAGACCGCCCGAAAGGAGCGGGAGAAGAAGGAGGAGGCGGAGCGCGAGAAGAAGAUCGCGGACAACUACAAGGUGCCCAUGUCACGCCUUCUCAGCUACAACAAGCCAGAGUGGCCCGUCUUCGUGCCGGCAUUUCUGGGAGCUCUUAUCGAGGGGUCUGCCAUGCCCAUCUGUGCCAUUGCGCUCGUGGGCUCCAUGGAUGCCUUCUUCAAGCUGCAAGUUGAGCCUUUGAGGGACGAGGCUCGUGACGACAUCCUCUUCCUGUGUGCCGCCUUCCUCAUCAUCGCAGGCUCUGUCCUGAUCGGCUGCAUCAUCGAGCACGGUGGCUUUGCGGUCCUGGCAGAAUCAAUGACCCAGAGGCUGCGCGUGGCCAUCUUGACAGCCAUCUUCCGCCAGGAGAUUGGCUUCCACGACGAUCCCGAGAACACCCCGGGGAUGAUGUCAAAGGCUUUGGAGCUCUGGGCCUUCCGUGUGAGCAUGCUCUGCAAGACCCUGGGCGCCAAGGCGGCAGCCAUGAGCUCCGUGCUUGUUGGCAUCAUCAUCGCUUUCGUGUACUGCUGGCAAAUGGCGCUUGUGAUGUUGGGCACGGUGCCCAUCAUGGUUCUGGCCAACGCGGUGCAGAUGGUGGUCAUGCUCGGGGCCUCAAAGGUGGACAACGAGGGCAUCAAGCAUGCUGCGCAGAUUGUGGGCGACUCUGUCAUGAACGCCCGGACGGUGCAGGCCCUGGGGGUGGAGACGAACCUGGUGCAAAUGUACACUACGCUGGUCAGCAGGUCCAUGCAAGGCAUGUGGAGACGGAACUUCCUUGCGGGCCUCGGCUUUGGCGUUGCCUCCGGCGUGAUGUUCUUUGUCAUCGCGGGGGGGUUCUACUAUGCCGGUUACCUGCGAAAGGAGGGCGUGGCGAACUUCAACGACACGAUGAUGGCCUUCAUGGGCAUCUUCUAUGCAGGUCUGGGGGCCGGACAGUCAGCCGUGUUCAUCGGUGACGCAGCAAAGGCAAAGGUGGCCUGCCAUGACAUGUUCAAGCUCCUGGACCGCGUGUCUAAGAUCGAUGGCCUGGAGCCCAAGGGUGAGGUCCCCAAGGAGUUGGAAGCCGGAACGAUCGAGUUCGAGGGUGUGAAGUUCUUCUACCCCUUCCGUCCAGAGGUGCAGGUACUCAAGGGGGUGACGUUCAAGAUCCGCGCGGGGCAGUCGGUCGGCUUGGUGGGACCUUCGGGCGGCGGGAAGAGCACGGUUAUGUCGCUGAUCCAGCGGUUCUAUGACCCGCAGGAGGGCAACGUCUACAUCGGAGAGGCCCGCAAGCCCCUGAGUGAGCUCAAUAUCCGAUGGUGGCGUCGACAGAUUGGUUUCGUCGGGCAGGAGCCUGUGCUGUUCAAUACCACCGUGCGGAACAACGUCCUCUACGGCCUUGAAGAGGGCGAGACCGUGACUGAGGACUACAUCAAGAAGUGUGAGGAGAUGUGCAACCUCAAGUUCCUCUACAAGUCCGGCAACCGCGGUCUGGCGACUGAGGUUGGUCCCAGAGGCUCGCGGCUUUCCGGAGGUCAGAAGCAGCGUGUCGCCAUUUGCCGUGCCCUCAUCCGCAAUCCUUCGGUGAUGCUCCUGGAUGAGGCCACCAGUGCACUGGACUCCCAGAGUGAGCAGAUCGUGCAGAAAGCCCUGGAGGCUGCACGUGAUGGGCGCACGUCGUUCGCCAUCGCCCACCGACUCUCCACCAUCUCAAGCUGCGACGUCAUCCUGGUGAACGCUGACGGACGCGUGGUGGAGUCCGGCACUCACGAUGAGCUGAUGGGGCAGAAGGGUGUCUACUACAAGCUCCAGAUGCAAUCGCGAAAGUAA